UGGAGCAGUCAGGCAAAACAGAAGGCGGAGGGAGGUGCAGAGAAAGUGACAAGAGGGUCAGGGACAGCCGCGAUCUGGGUUAGCUUCCUCAAGACCAGGAGACGUCAUCGCCGGCGAGUGGGACGGAUGGAAGCGGAGGGGAAGAAGUGAACGAGGUAGAAGAACAGAAUCGACUUGACAACCAGAGAAAAAUGGCAAAUUAUGGCUUCACAAAGUGUUCAAUGGAGGAUUAACUGAGGAAGCACCUGGACUUUGGGCAUUUCUUUUCCCUUUGGUGCAUGAAGAAGAACUUAAAAGGGAUUAGAACUUACAGCAAGCUGCCCGACGCUUUGGCCGAUCUAGAUCUCACGUCGUCAGCCAAGAAAGAUUGAACAACACAAAGACAAACAGAAACUCUUGUCCUCUACAGAACUGCAGGGACAGCAUCCGUUCAGCAAAACCUCCAUUCCUCCUGUCGGACUCUGUCCAGUCUCUGCGUCACCUCCCCAGUCUUUGGCAGCUGAGCCCUUCUCGAUUCCUUCCUCCUUUCAUCGACCUGAAGGUCUAGGUGGGUACAGUUCCAGUACUGCACCCAGCCCCUGAACCCAGCACCGACAACCCAGCCCCCAGCACCUGGCACCCAGCACCCAUCUCCAGCACCCAGCACAGAGCACCCAGCACCAGAGUGCCGAACCCGUCAGGCGGCGUCCAGGAUGACCUUCGCCAUGCUGCGGGCGGCGCCCGGCGCGGGCCGCUACCUGUACAGCGACAUCGCCCUGCUGUCGGAGGACGACGACGAAAACGGCAGCUCGGGCUCGGGCUCGGAGGAGCGGGGGGGCCUCAACGGCACCUCCUCCUCCUCCUUCCGCAUCUCCUCCUCCUCCUCCCCGUCUGCCUUCCACAUCAAGGUGAACAGGAAGAGGAAGCUGAGCGGCGGCGGCGGGCUCGGCGGCGGCGGCGGCGGCGACGACGGGGGUCUGUUGACCCCCGGGGCUCCCGGAGAGUUCCGGCAGAGGAACGCGGCCAACGCCAGGGAACGCGACCGCACCAACUCUGUCAACACGGCGUUCACCGCGCUGCGCACGCUCAUCCCCACGGAGCCCGCCGACAGGAAACUUUCAAAGAUCGAGACACUGCGAUUGGCCAGCAGCUACAUCAGUCACCUGGGAAACGUGUUGCUCUUGGGUGAAGGUCUCCAUGACGGACAGCCAUGCCAUGGCCCCUCUCCACCGUUCUUCCACCUAAGCUCCUCCCCUUCCCGGGUAUCGGACCAAUCACCGCAGCCAAAACACAUCUGCACCUUCUGCCUCAGCAAUCAAAGAAAAAUGAACAAAGACAGAGACAGAAAGUCAGCAAUCAGAAGCUAGCGAUGAAGAAUUGCAGCACACUCUUCCUCCACUGCCGAGGAGCUCACAGGCCCGACGGGAACGCCACCCACACGCAGGAACCCAGCCACUGGCUUCCAGAGACGUUGUACAGACAUUGGUGAUGGAUGUGACUGAUGGCUGAGCCUUGAGCUUCUGCAGCACUUCAAUGACUAUUCAAGGACCAUUCGUUCCCCCGAAACUCUUUGUCUCAAAUUCAAAAUCCUAAAAGGUGAACCAAAACACUUUUCAGAUCGUUUUUUUUUUUUACCUGAUGUACUUUAUUAAACCCCAGUUGUACCGGUUCUUUUGAAUAAUAAUGCUUUAAAGGUUACUUCACAUUGUCCCCCCCUCUGGGGAGCUUUAUAUAUAACAGCACCUUCAAAUGACUUUUGGCUCCGCUGUAUGAAGAGCAGAUGGUUCUUUGAGUCUGAAAAACAAAUUGGUCGUCAUCAAGGACUUUGUAUUAUUGAUGUGUAAACUGCAUUGUAUAUUAUGUAUAUUUAUGUGACCCAUUAUUAUAAAAGGAUACUAUUAUAUUUAACAGGCAUAUUGCAAUUGGAAACAAAUAGGACUAUUACAUUCAGUGUUACAUUAACAAAAAAACAUUCUGGGAUUUUUGUGGUACUGGCAUUUCUUAUAAUCAUUAUUCUGAAAUGCCCUGAUUGUGGAAAAUAAUUAAAAAUGAACAAUAAAUAAUUGUGUAUAUAUA